GUCUGAGUUAUCCUGCUCAGGUUUACCUCCUGAGCGCACGCAGACUGGCAUAACUGAGGAAGUCUGUUCACUCACACUAGCCCCACAACCACCUUGCAUUAUGGGAAUUGUCAUCUACAACAUCACUGCCACGUCAGCCAGAGUGAACUGGUCAUCAUCACCAAACUGCCUGGACACUUUCUACAGUGUCAUGUACGAUCCCAACUGGAACAGUCUGCUGGUGGGCUACAAACGCUAGAGCUUCAUGCACGAGGAACGAAUCCCAGUCAGUCAGACCAGCAUGCACCUGGCCAGCCUGAUCCCCCAGACAGCCUACUUCCUGUGUGUGACUUGUCAGGCUGCCAACCCAGUUCGGGACCAGUGUCAAGCGUUCAGCACGAGUGAGAGUUGUGAAGGUCCUGACAGGGCUGGGUGGGAGCUGGCCACGGGCGUGUGGUUAACAUGCUGCAUCCUGCUCCUGGUCAUCGCUGGGAUCCUGCUAUGGGGAUGUCUCCACACCAUCUGCUCCAUCCCCAAUCAAGCAGAAUGCUGCCCUGUGAUGACCGACCUAGCCCGCAGAGACAUCACUGCACCUGGACGCCUCUUCGCUCCGAACAGCAGCGACGACAGCGCCAAGCUCGCCCCCGUCACACCGGCUCCCCUCCUCCCAAACCAAACCAGCAGCCACAUAAUUACCCAGAAGCAUGAGAUGAGCACAAUCACUAAGCUGUCUGGCAGUGAGCCACUGUGAAUUGAUUGGAUUGAGGUCAUCGCAGCAUUGUUCUGCCUGAACACAAUUGCACAGUGUUUUCAUCCACGGCUCAAAUCCUAUUUGUGUUUGGGGGAAAUAAAAUCUUUGCUUCAUAAAACGCACCACCUUAUAAUAACAUAAUGUUCCAGCAAAUUUCCCUUUUGAAAAGGAGCAACUGAUGGACUUUUUGAUGUAGUGCAAUUUUGCACAGCACAUGAUUAAACAUCAUUUCCAGGAACAACGUACCAUUUCCACUCAAUCUAGAUGCAGAUGUCACAAAUGAGAACUGAAUGUGAAACACAGUCAUAAGGUGUCAAAUGCAAAAAUCUGAACAGUAUGGAGCAGGAAAACAAAGCUCAAGAACCAGUUUAGUCAAUGU